AUGGCCUCUGCCGUCAGCGCCUCUCGCGCCGCCAUGAGCAGCGUCAAUGGCUCACGGGCCGGGCGCGUGCACAUGCUGCUCGUCUGCGUCUUCCACGCCUUUGCACCCGUCAUCACGGCCCUGCCGCUCGGCGGCAUCGUGAACGCGCUCGCCGACGAAGACCUGCCCAAGUCACCUGACGACGCGAGUCUCUGGCUGUACCUGGGCAUCGCCGUUGGCCUGGUGCUUGCCGGCGGUGUCUUUGCUGGCUUGACCAUUGCGUUGAUGGGCCAGGACGAAAUCUACCUGCAAGUCCUCGCUACCUCUGGCGAGCCCAACGAGCGCAAGACGUCCAAGAAGGUCCUGCGCCUGCUCAAGUACGGCAAGCACUGGGUCCUCGUCACGCUGCUCCUGAGCAACGUCAUCACCAACGAAACACUGCCCAUAGUGCUCGACAGGUCCCUUGGUGGAGGCUGGCCCGCUGUCCUCAGCUCCACGGUUCUCAUUGUCAUCUUCGGUGAAGUCGUGCCCCAGUCCAUCUGCGUCCGCUAUGGACUCCCCAUCGGUGCCUGGUGCGCGCCCAUGGUCCUCGGCCUCAUGUGGAUCAUGUCGCCUGUGGCCUGGCCCACCGCGAAGCUCCUCGACUACCUCCUCGGCGAAGACCACGGCACCACGUACAAGAAGGCCGGACUGAAGAGCUUGGUCACCCUGCACCAGUCCCUUGGCCACGCCGACGAGCGCCUCAACGAAGACGAGGUCACCAUCAUCUCCGCCGUCCUCGACCUCAAGGCCAAGCCGGUUGGCAACAUCAUGACGCCCAUGAAGGACGUCUUCACCAUGCCAUCUGACACCGUCUUGGACGAGAAGAUGAUGGAGAACAUUCUCUCUGCCGGUUAUUCUCGCAUUCCCAUCCACACCCCCGAGAACAAGAACGACUUUGUCGGCAUGCUGCUCGUCAAGAUGCUCAUCACCUACGACCCGGAAGACGCCGUGCGCGUACGCGAGUUUGCUCUGGCUACCCUUCCCGAGACACGGCCCGAGACUAGCUGCUUGGACAUCAUCAACUUCUUCCAGGAGGGCAAGUCCCACAUGGUCCUCGUCUCGGACUUCCCCGGCGACUCGCAUGGUGCUGUCGGUGUGGUCACGCUCGAGGAUGUCAUCGAGGAACUUAUCGGAGAGGAAAUCAUUGACGAGUCUGAUGUCUUUGUCGACGUUCACAAGGCCAUUCGUCGCAUGGCCCCUGCCCCACGAACCCGCAUACCGAAGGGCGCCGUGGUCGUGGAUGGACCCCGCAAGCCGUGUGAAGCACAGGCCAUCGAUAGCGAGACGGACACAGAGCAGAAAGGUGGACCACGCAAAAUGUCCAUGCCCGAGCAGGGCGACAGUCUCAGGCCCGCCACGUUUAUGCUCCGUCGCCGCAGCACAGGCAACAAGGGCACCGCGGAUCCUCUUCGCAGCGACGAUCCUGAAGUGAUCAAGCACUUGAAGCACCUCGGCCCCUCGAAUGCCGCCAACAGACCCAAAUCCACCCGUAUCAAUACUGUCAAGAUCAAGCCCGGCCACACCAGCUCCCCACAACCCGAAAUCCCCGCCACUAUUCCCGAGUAUUCUCGACCCCCGUCGCAGGGUGUCCUUGCUCAAACAUCGCACGCCCCCGAAGGAGGUAUCGGUGAGGGCCUCUUGUCGUCUGCCGCUGGCGAAGCUAGUGAUGGUGUGCACAGUCUAGCUGUUGGAUAUGGGACAAUGGCUGCUCCUAGUGGCGACCGUGCGACCUGGACCUCUGGCCAAAACGGUGCUGAAAACGCAGGUGAUGACGCCAUCUCUCCAGGAGCUCAACCGACAUACGCCGAGGUUGUGAACGAAGGCACGAAUGGCAGACACGACGACGGCCAUUCCAGGGAACGUCGCAAUUCGCACAGCACCGUCGGAUCUCUGCAUUCCAGGAAAUCUCGCUCUCGCAGCCCGCCGAAGAAGCGUCACACAGCCCGCAGCGGUAGCAUCUCUGAAAACAUCAUCGACGUGAACGGAGUGAAGAAGAUUGUCUUGGAGACUACAAGUUCUAGUGACUCUGAGGACAAGCUCGCAGGCCACCAUGCUGACGGUGCCGAAGACUCGAGACAACAGUCUGAAGACGAAUCACAGGCCGCAAACAAGGGCGAGAGCAAGAAGAAGAGGAAGAAGCGAGGUAAGAAGAAGAACAAGGGCGGUAGCAGCAGCGAGUCGCAACCUCUGCUGGGGAACCGGUAA